CACUUCCUUCAUAGCUCUCUUCAGCCUUCCCUGCAACCUCACUGCUGCCGACACAUGGCUCCCGCAAUUUCCAGCACCACUGCCCAAAGUACUCAUUCGUUGGACAUCGUAAACUUCGUAGUCAACCAAGGCAAUGGAGUCAAGGGCCUCUCCGACAUGGGCCUGGAAACCCUACCGGAGCAGUAUAUUCAACCUCCGACUGAGAGGACCACCAGCUACAGCGUCGUGCCCGAGGAGUCGAUCCCAGUCAUCGACAUGUCGAACUUGGGGGAUCCCAAGGUGGCAGAUUCAAUCUGCGACGCCGCAGAGAAGUGGGGGUUCUUCCAGGUCAUCAAUCAUGGAGUUCCCAUUGAAGCGCUUGAGAAUGUGAAGGACGCCGCUCACGGGUUCUUCUCGCUGCCGCCGGAGGAUAAGAAGAAGUACUCCAAAGAGCAUUCGCCGACGACCAACAUGCGCUUUGGCACGAGCUUUAGUCCUCGAGCAGAGAAGUCCUUGGAGUGGAAGGAUUACCUUAGCCUGUUCUAUGUUUCGGACGACGAGGCCAAUGCAUACUGGCCUUCUGUGUGCAAGAAUCAAGCAUUGGAAUACAUGAGGGCGUCUGAAGUACUCAUCAAGAGGCUUCUGAAAGCCCUAACUCGGAGACUGAACGUGGAGAACAUUGACGAAGACAAAGAAUUGUUGUUUAUGGGUUCGAAGAGGAUUAACCUCAACUACUACCCAAUAUGCCCCAACCCUGAGCUCACCGUCGGCGUCGGCCGCCACUCCGACGUCUCGACGUUGACCAUCCUUCUCCAGGAUGAUAUAGGAGGGCUUUACGUGCGAAAAUUGGACGAUGAUAGCUGGGUUCACGUCCCUCCCAUCAGUGGAUCUCUGGUGAUCAACGUUGGAGAUGCACUUCAGAUCAUGAGUAAUGGCCGAUACAAGAGCAUAGAGCAUCGGGUGGUUGCCAAUGGAAGCAAAAACAGGAUUUCGGUUCCCAUCUUCGUGAACCCUAGACCUGGUGACAUUAUCGGUCCUUUGCCUGAGCUGUUGAGGAAUGGAGAGAAGCCCAUCUAUAAACAAGUUCUCUACUCGGAUUACGUCAGACAUUUCUUCAAGAAAGCUCAUGACGGGAAACUUACUGUUGAUUUCGCCAAAAUCUGAAGCAUAUUUUCUUGUGUGAUGGUGUGAUGAAAGGAAUAAUUAAGAAGGUAAUAAACUUCUGGGUGCGAAUGCCAGCAAGCGCAUUCAUGCCCAUGCAAGACGUCUUGCGCUUCAAAUGACUUAUUCAUGAUCUACUUUGUUUUUAUUUGGCCAUGGAAGAACACUUUAAAGAUAUAUGUAAUGAAUUUGAGUUAACUUCCUAUGAUGUUCCCAUAACUAAAUGGCUUCCUUUCUUGUCUCCUUCUCUA